CACAAACAAGUUUACUAGUUGUUGGUGUAGUUUUCCCGUGCCAGUGAAACAUUUUUUGAUAAACAAUGUAUCUCAAUGAGCUGCGAGCGUACUACCCAAGACAGACUAUUAAAAUUCAAAGGGUUGGAUUGUCCAAAUACAACAAUCUCAAUAUCAAAUCACUUCCAGUUCAAGACAAGGACACUCAGGAUGAGAAAAUUCCUGCUGUUCGAGGAAAACUACCCAAAAUCCUGCUUGGGCCGUUAAACUUUUUCUACCUUUUCAUGGAAAAUUCAUCCAUUCACGGAUUUAAUCAUUUGACAAAUAAGAAACUGCAUGUUUUUGAGUAUAUUCUGUGGCUGUGCGCUCUAGUAGGAGGUGUAUACGGGUUACUCACGAUAUCGUUGUCAACGUUGGAUCGCUACACAAACAACCCAACUGUUGUAUCGCUAGAGCGCAACUACAAAGAGUGGAACACUACUCUUCCAGCAGCCACUGUGUGUCCUGAUAGCAAGUUUGAUCAGGAUAACCUAGAUGAGGUACUGACAAGGUUGGGAAUAACUGAAUCAGAUGCUAAAGAAGCAGCUCAGAAUUUCCUUGUCAUGUUGGCAAAGACAAACUACACAUCUUUCAAUCUUCUUCCUGCCUUCAAAGGGAUUUCACCUCGAGAUUAUUUGGACGUCAUUGUUGAAAUGAAGUAUGUUUUUGAAUAUUCCGUCAGCAACAGCAACAUUGACAACGCGGAUCAACAAGAGAACGAACUAGUGAUGAACAUGAAUGAAAUGAGUUUAUGUUACAGCUACAACUCUCAAAUUGCCGUCUACCUGAACCCGAUGUUUUGGAAGACGGGAAAUUACACUCACUCAAGUACACACUUCCAAAUGUUGGGAAGCCCCUUGGAUGGGGAUAUCUUCACUCAAGUGAUGAACAUGGAUACUGCUUACGUUGUCUACCUCCACAGUCCCCAGGAAGUGCCAGACAUUGCCGUCAAGGGCAGUUCAGCUUACGAAGGGUCGUACAUGACACAGGAUGUGGUGGCUCUAAGCAUCGUAAGCGCUCCCGAGAUCCGCAGUCUUACGAUUCCUCAGCGAAAAUGCCGAUUCCUGGAGGAAAGUAACCUGGAGUUGAGUCCUGUCUACUCAUACAACCUGUGCAGAAUGGAGUGUCGUAUGAAACUUGCCUUCAAACUGUGCGGAUGUGUCCCCUACUUCUAUAAGCCCUCAGAUAACUACAAAGUUUGUGACCUAAAUGGGAUGCAGUGUUUGACAGAUCAUGCAGAUAUCCUAGUCAAACUUGUAAGAGGGAAUGAAAGAAUUGACUGUAAAUGUCUGCCACCUUGCGAUGACGUCAAUUUUAUCACAGAAACAGAAAAUAUCAUGGACUGGACACUUGGAACUAAUCUUAAAUGGGGCCUUGUGAAGUAUCCUCGGCAAAGACUUCGGAGAGACGUCCUUUUUGGGGUUGCCGAUGUUUUAGUCAACAUGGGCGGAACUGCUGGAUUGUUCUUUGGCUGCAGUGUCCUCAGCCUGGUGGAAAUCCUUUACUUUUUUACUCUGAGACUUUUUUGGUUUUGUUUGAAAAAAAAUUAAACUCUCAGUAAUUAAAAUAUGAACUGUAAUUAAAUCACUUUCAGAAUAUAAAUGUGUUGUUCUAUG